AUGCCCCCGUAUGUCGCCCGCGAUGCUGUCCUGAGGACUUCGAAGACGCUUUCGCAUCUGUUGAGACCUAUUGUUCGCUUUGCUCACACACAGCGCAGGACUUUGCCUGACUUCUCGCUUGAGGGCAAGGUCGCUGUUGUUACCGGUUACAAGCAAGCUAAUGUGCUAUACAGUGCCUCUCAAGGUCUUGGUCAACAGAUCCUCGCCGCCUUCGCCCUUUCCGGCGCCCAUGGAGCCAUUGUAGACCUGAAGCAAGAAGGUGCCGACAGAUCAGCCAGUGCCCUCAUUGAAGAGGCUAAGAAUCAAGGCCUCUCACCCCCCAAGGUGCAUGGCUACGAGUGCGACACAUCGUCCGAGGAAGGCGUCAAGUCUACGUGGGAAAAGAUCGUCAAAGACUUUGGGACCGUCGAUAUCCUCGUUACGAAUGCUGGCAUUACUGGUGGUGCACCGGCCGAGGACUACCCAUUCGAAGACUUCAAACGAAUGAUCGACGUCAAUCUGACUGGAACUUUCCUCUUUUCUCGCACAGCAGGUAGAUGGUGGAUCGACAACAAGGUCGACGGCCGCAUCCUGAUCGUCUCGUCAAUGUCCGGCUCCAUUGUCAACCGCCCGCAGAAGCAGUCGGCAUACAACGCUUCCAAAGCUGCAUCGGCCCAUCUCAUGAAGUCACUGGCGUCAGAGUGGGCGCCGCACGGCAUCCGCGUCAAUGCACUGAGCCCGGGAUAUAUCCAGACCGAGGCUAACGAGGGGGAAGAGAUGGAGAAGCUGAGCAAAGAGUGGUUGAAGGAUAUUCCCAUGAAGAGGAUCGCCAAGCCAGAGGAAUUCCGCGGUGCGGCCGUCUGGUUGGUCAGUGAUGCUAGCAGCUACGUCACGGGUAGCGAGAUCAUCGUGGAUGGGGGAUACACUAUCUGGUGA